UCUCUGCUCCCUGGGGAGGAGAAUGCAGAAUAGUGAGCGAGAUCAAAAAUAAACCUCUUAUGUCAAAGCAGAGGAAAGAAAGUAUAAAUACCGCAGCUCUUUGCAGUUUGCUCUGCAAGGAGCUACUCAGGGAGAGCAAGUCCUCGUCCAAGGAAGGAAAAGUGGGAGGGGAGGUAAACCCAAAGAGAGAAAGAGAAAGAAAAAGAGAGAGAGAGAGAGAGAAAUUAAGAAUUUCCCCCAAGACUCUUUCGUCUCUCUGUGUGCUUUUCCCAACUGGACAAGUUGACUUGCUGGUGCUGCUGUUUCUUGUCUGGUUUUGUGACAGCUGCUUUGCAAAAAAAAAAAUCCAGGAGGCCCUGAGGAAGCUGAGCUGGUGAAGAAAUCACCGUUGGGGCAGAAAAGGAUUUUUCACCCUUUGCACCCUGGGCAACUUUGCUGCUAACUCAGCUGAUCCCUUAUUUUUCCCUCUCCAACCUUUGUCUCCUUCUGUCUCUCUCCUUCGUUUCCUAGUCUUACGUUUUGCAGGAUUGCACCCUGUCUCAAAGCCAGUUGGGCAUUUGCUCCUCCGGUGAAUCUCCAUCUCUCUCUCUGUGUGUGUUUGUGUGUGUGUGUCUCAACUUGUCUUCUGCUCCUUCUCCAGCUUCUAGCAUCUAUGCCACUUCCUCUUCAGCAGCAAUCCUGCGCUAGCUGGUUGGCAGCUCUCUUUUCGCUUUUCCCCUUGCUGCUGUUUCAAAAUGCCUGGGCAUUAUCUCUCCAGAAUAGCGAUGGCGGUGUUCAGGAGGUGGUGCCCGCCUGGGGUGAUAUGCCUCCGGGCAAGGGCAGACAAGUUUCCUUCUCCAUCACAGCCUUUGGAAAAGUGCUCCUGUUGCAGCUGGAACCCGACGCCAGCUUCUUGGCUCCUGGGCUGAAGAUUCAACAUGUUGGUAGAAAGGAACCUGUUGGGUUCUUGGCUGAGGAAGAGGAGGAGGAGGAGGAGGAGGAGGAGGAUGUGAAGCUCAGAAAAUGCUUCUACUCAGGGACUGUCAACUCACAACCAGACUCCCUAGUGGCUGUCAGCUUGUGUCAGGGCAUCCAUGGCUCCUUCUUUGUGGAUGGAGACAAGUACAUCAUCCAGCCCCAAAGCCAUGGAAGCGGAGAACCCCUGAUGCAGGUUCAUCAGCUCCAGAAGAGAAGCUGGUCCAAAGAAGCUGCUAAGGACAGGCGAGGAAGGGGAGCCCAGCUGGAACCCAACAGCACCACUACUUUCAACCGAGCCAAGAGGUUCACCUCCCAGGCUCGUUAUGUGGAGACCUUGCUGGUGGCCGAUACCUCCAUGGUCCAGUUCUAUGGGCAAGAUCUGACGAAUCAUAUCCUCACCUUGAUGUCUGUGGCUGCUCAAAUCUACAAGCACCCCAGCCUGAAGAAUUCUAUCAACCUGGUGGUGGUGAAGGUGUUGGUAGUGGAAGAUGAAAACGCUGGACCAGAAGUAUCUGACAAUGGCGGUCUGAUGCUGAGGAACUUCUGUAAUUGGCAACAGUUCUUCAACCCUCUAAGUGACCGUCAUCCAGAACACUAUGACACUGCAAUCCUGCUGACAAGACAGGAUUUCUGCGGACGUCAAACCUGCAGAACCCUUGGAGUCGCUGAGACCGGAACCAUGUGUGAUCCAAACAAAAGCUGCUCCGUGAUAGAAGAUGAGGGUCUCCAAGCAGCUUACACCUUGGCCCAUGAACUAGGGCACGUGCUCAGCAUGCCCCAUGAUGACUCCAACAGCUGCAAAAGGCUCUUUGGGACAUUAGGAAAACAUCACAUGAUGGCUCCAUUGUUUAUUCAUCUAAACAAGACCCUGCCUUGGUCCCCCUGCAGUGCCAUGUAUAUCACAGAAUUCCUGGAUGGAGGACACGGUAACUGUCUGCUUGAUGAACCAGCCCAACCUAUUGCCCUCCCGACUGACCUUCCAGGCCAAAUACCAUUGUAUAACCUAGACCAGCAGUGUCAGCAAAUAUUUGGCAAAGAGUUCCAACACUGUCCAAAUGCCACACAGGAAGACGUCUGCUCCCAGCUUUGGUGCAAGUUGGAAACUGGAGAGCAACUUUGCCACACCAAAAAUGGCAGCUUGCCCUGGGCUGAUGGGACACCCUGUGGGCCAGGGAAAAUAUGUUUGGAGAGCCACUGCGUGGCACAAGAUACGGUGAUGCCCAAGCUUGCUGUGGAUGGAAACUGGGGUCCCUGGAGCAUGUGGGGGCCGUGUUCCAGGACAUGCGGCGGAGGGGUGCAUUUCUCUUACAGAGACUGUGACAACCCAGUGCCCAAAAAUGGGGGCAAAUACUGUGAGGGGCAAAGAGUGCAAUAUGAGUCUUGCAACAUUGAGGAAUGCUCCCCAACAGACAAAAGCUUUCGAGAGCACCAAUGUGAGAAAUAUGACAGAUACAACUUAACCGACUUGAAUGGGAAUUUGCUAGAAUGGGUUCCCAUGUAUGCCGGAGUGUCUCCUCGAGAUCGUUGCAAGUUAGUCUGCCGGGCUAAAAGAGGGAACGAGUUCAAAGUCUUUGAGACCAAAGUGGUUGACGGGACGACCUGCGCACCUGAAACACUCUCUGUCUGUGUGCAUGGACAAUGCAUCAAGGCUGGUUGUGAUCAUAUUAUUGGGUCUUCGAAGAAACUAGACAAAUGUGGAGUUUGUGGUGGGGACUGCUCAACUUGUAGAAAAAUAUCUGGCUCACUCAACAAAUCCAAGUUUGGCUACAACGACAUUGUCACCAUUCCAGCCGGAGCGACCAACAUUGAUAUCAAGCAACACAGCCGACGAGGAGUAAGGCAUGACGGAAAUUAUUUAGCUCUGCGGACCCUGGAUGGCAAAUACCUGCUGAAUGGAAACUUCACCAUCUCCGCUAUGGAACAAGACAUUUUUGUGAAGGGGACUGUCCUGAGGUACAGCGGCUCCCUGACCACCCUGGAACGCCUCCAGAGUUACCAGCAGCUCCCUGAAUCCAUUGUCGUCCAGGUGUUGACCGUUUCCAGCGAGAUGUUCCUCCCUAAGGCAUUCCCCCCUCCCAAGGUGAAAUAUACCUUUUUUAUCCCCAAGGACCUCCAAUUCAGCAAGCAGAAGGUCAAGGAGAAAAGCCUGGCCAACAUGAUCAAGCCCUUGUUGACCUCGCAAUGGGUUCUGGGAGACUGGUCAGAGUGCUCCAAGUCCUGCAGCUCGGGUUGGCAAAGACGAACCGUAGAAUGUCUGGAUGUGGAAGGGCAGCCUUCAUCUACCUGUGACAAGGCCCUCAAGCCCGAGGACAUCAAACCGUGCAGUGGCCUUCCUUGCCCAAUCUGGCAGAUGGGACCGUGGUCCCCCUGUUCCCAAACAUGUGGAGAAGGAAUGCGGACACGAAGCGCCUUGUGCAUUGACUACCUAGGCAAGCCCGUUGCCUUCGAGAAAUGCAAUUUGUUGCAGACCCCAGCAGCCACUAUGGUCUGUGUCCUCCAGCAGUGCUGAAGUGAACUGAAGGCCGGCAUGCGAUCUCAGAAGCCUCUGUAACCUAGUCUAACUACUAACCUAACUCCAACUAGGCUUGGCGUGUCCAAGCAAGGGAGUAGUUUUAAGGCCAACGGGCACUAACUGACUUGAAGAGGUCUUAUUUCAUAUCCCUGUUUGAAAUAUUAGAAGGCAUGGGUUACCACCACUAACCCCCACCCUCCUCUCUCUCUUUCUCUGUUGUGCUUUGUUUUCCUCCAAAUUGACAUCUACCUCAGUGGGGGGAAAAAAAUAAGAAUUUUUGAUAAAUCAUUUGACAUUUUGGAGAGAGAAAAAUAAUGUCUGCAGGUCAAUACUUGGUAACUAAGGGAAGUUCGUGUCCUAAGUCAUCCCGGCAGGUGAGACGAAACUCACCUCCGCUUUCACCCAGUGUCUUUUGUGGGUUGGAUUUUACGAGACGUUAUUGAAGAUGCUGCUGUUCUUGCGAUGCAGAGUUAAUCCCCCAUGAACACAGUUGUGUGCGUCCUUCAGUUAGCAAAAGAGCUGCAAGCCUUUGGGGAGGGCAGGCAUACAAAUUUCUGUCUUUGAUAUUGGCAAGCGGUAAGUCAGUCCUUGGUUUAGUGGACGCAAAUGAAGAUCGGGGUUCAUAGUUUGGACAAAUCGGUCCCAGGGAGUUUGAUUGGGAUGAUAAGCAGGCUUAUGCAAUGUUUCUUCAAAUGCAGGUAGUCCUCGAUUUACGGCCACGAUUGGGCCCAAAAUUCCUGUCGCUGCGCGAGACAUUUGUUAAGUGAGCUUUGUUCCAUUGUACAACCUUUCUUGCCACUGUUGUUAGGUGAAUCCGGCCUCCCCACUGACUUUGCUUGUCAGAAAGUCAGAAAAGGUGAUUACAUAACCCAUUGAUACUACAGUCAUCCUAAAUACGAAUUAGUUAAUCAAGUGUCUGAAUUUUAAUCCCAUGACCAUGGGGAUGCUGCAAUGGUUGUAAGUCGCUUUUUUCAGUUCGUUUAGUGACAAUUUUGAAUUGUCACUAAACGAACCGUUGUAAGUUGAGGGCUAUCUGUAUUAUCAUAAGAGUUUGAGAACUGCAAUGGGUCGUCGGCUGACUUCCUCUGCAAUUGACCAUGAAAUCUUUAUCAAUGGUUAUCAAUCUUUUUUAUAUGUCUUCCUGUUAAAUGAGAUGUUAUUCUACAGCAGUAUCUCCAUAUUACCAUUCACUCCUCAUCUUAGCAUUGGGGAUUCAAAAUAAUAGAUGUAAUCAGGGGUGAAAUCCAGCAGGUUCUGACAGGUUCUGGAGAACCGGUAGUGGAAAUUUUGAGCAGUUCGGAGAACCGGUAGCGGAAAUUUUAAAUAGUUCGGAGAACCGGCAAAUACCACCUCUGGCUGGCCCCAGAGUGGGGUGGGAAUGAAGAUUUUGCAAUAUCCUUCUCCCAGGAGUGGGGAGGGAAUGGGGAUUUUGCAGUAUCCUUCCCCUGGAGUGGGGUGGGAAUGGAGAUUUUGCAGUGUCUUCCCCUGUCACGCCCCACCAAGCAACACCCACCAAGCCACAUCAUGCCCACCAAGCCACACCCACAAAACCGGGUGUAAAAAAAUUUGGAUUUCACCACUGGAUGUAAUCCAGGGGUGUCAAACUCAAGGCCCAGGGGCCAGAUGUGGCCUGUGGGAUUCUUAGAUCUGGGCCGCAGGGCUGCCCUGGAAACAGUGAAGGACUGGCUGUGGUGCCUCUGCCAGUGAAAACAGAGCUAGGGAGGGCCACAGACGGUUGCAGGAGGGCCGCAGAUAGUUGCAACGUCGCAGCCGAAAACGGAGCUCGGGAGGCCAUUUUUGCUGGCAGAGCGCUUGUGCCACCACAGGCGCCCCCAACACAAGUGUCUUUGAGCUGGCCACGCCCACCCUAGCCACACCCACCCUGGGGCCCCCAAGGUCAGACAACACUGAUGCAGCCCUCAGUGUUUGACACCCCUGAUGUAAUCCAUGCUUCCCUUUAUGGUCAUAUAUCAUUCAUUAUUUUGGAAGCUUAGGUAGCAAUAUGAAUGCCAGCACUGUAGGAAAAAUAACUAAAAAGAUAUGGGUAGAAUAUGCCUCCAGAUCCAUUCUAAUAUUAGGGGUGAGUGCAUGAUUAAUAUUUCUCCUUCCCUCAAUUUUUUUGGAGGCCGGGCACAAUCUUAAGAAUCACAAAAAAAAUGCACUAAAGAAGGAUUUUUAUUGUACUUUCCUAAGAUUAUUUGGUAACGUCAUGAAGAAGUGUCCCUCGCAGGUAAAAAAUUCAUCUUUGAAGCUGUAAUUUGCAGAUAAAAACACGAGGUCAUCAAACAAAUGCUGUGAAUAUCAGCCAAGGCACGUUAAUCCAAAUUUACUAGGGCACUGUGAUCCACUGCAUAAUGCAAAGAAAAAUAUUUCAGUAGUCUCUUGACUCUUGGCUUAGGUUAAUCGUGGUUUAGCAUUUUCUCAUCCAGAGAAACUCUUCAUUAUUUCUAGUCUAUCCUGUGUUUGUUCAGCUUACGCACUUUUCAAAAGGACCAUUUAGAAAAAAAAAACCUUUUUAUCAGAUUCCUUAUUAUUUGUAAAUAGAUAUCCCGGUUUUAAUAUGACUCAAAUGGAUGUGUCAGUAUUGAAAUUUAUAUCUCUAACUUCUUGGGAUUUUUGUCAUCUGUCUAAUUUUCAGACUAAAGCAAAUCAAGGCUCAGAUACAGUACACGAAACAGGAUAUUGGUGCUUAAUUAACACAUUACCAUUAUUUUACAAUGAUGAGUAGCAAAGUUCUAGCUGCUUUUUUUCCCUGUUUUAGGCAUUGUGUUCAAAAUGAUGUUAACAACCUCAUACUAAAACAUCUGGUCUAUAUACUCUUGAAAGAGAAUGGUGGUCUUUAUUCUCCUAAAUUAGCCUUUAGCAUUUUCCAUGAUCCAUUCUAGAAGUCCUGAAAAAUGAAUUUCCCUUUUGUCCUUGCAAAAUUCACUAUGUCUCUUCAUUUGCUGCAUCUUUAAUUCUCUAAUUCUCAACUUUAACCAUUUCAGCUUUCAUCCUUUAAUUCUGAUUGGCUACACAGCCAAUCAGUGUAUAAUCAUUCUCAUUCUGAUUGGCUACAAAAUUGCUAACGAUUUUGAAAUAAUCUCGAAUGGUUUUGAACUAUCGAACAAGAUUUUGUUCCCUGCAUGAGCCUCUGUGUGACUUAUUUAGGAAACAGCUCCAUUUUCUCUUAGAUAAGCAAGGAAUUCGGCCUUUUUAAGAAGUGUCGUUCAAAAAUAGCAACAGCAACAUAGUUCUUUCCACUCUUAAAUUAUGCUGAUGUCGUAAGGAAUAGUUAAAUGGAAGCCAGAUAUUUUGAUGUUGAAAGGUAGCAUGCCUCAGUUCUGGGACACAACAACAUUCCGGUCAGAGAACAUGGGUUUACAGUGGGCCUUGUUCCAUAACUACAAAGUGGUAAUAUGACUAGGGACGUGGUGGCUCAGUGGCUCAGUGGCUAAGAUUGUCGAUUAGAAAGGUCGGCAGUUCAGCAGUUCGAAUCCCUAGUGCCGCAUAACGGGGUGAGCUCCCGUUACUUGUCCCAGCUUCUGCCAACCUAGCAGUUUGAAAGCAUGUAAAAAAUGCAAGUAGAAAAAUAGGGACCAAUUUUGGUGGGAAGGUAACAGCGUUCUGUGUGCCUUUGGCAUUUAGUCAUGCCGGCCACAUGACCACGGAGACAUCUUCAGACAGCACUGGCUCUUCGGCUUUGAAACAGAGAUGAGCACCGCCCCCUAGAGUCGGGAACGACUAGCACAUAUGUGUGAGGGGAACCUUUACCUUUAGCCUUUAAUUUGUAUUUAUCUCUUCUGGACACAUCUAAGUUCUACCUGGUGAAAUGCAAAGAUACAAAGAUGCUUGCAGCAAGUUCUUCCAUUUCUCUCUGUGUGCAAAUGCAAUAUUUUCUUCUUUAAGACCACUACAGGUAGGUAAGAUUGUUGGUAGUCCUCAACGUAUGACCACAAUUGACCCCCACCGUUAUUUUGCUAAGUGAGAAAUUUGUGUUGCCCCAUUUUACAACUUUUCUUGCCACGAUUGUUAAGUGAAUCACUCGCAGUUGUUAAAGUUAGUCACCCGGUUGUUAAGUGAAUCUGACUUCCCCCCGGACUUGGCUUGUCAGAAGGUUGCAAAAGGGGAUCCCAUGACCCCAGGGACACUCAUCUGUCAUAAACGUGAGUCAGUGGUCAGACAUCCAAAUGUAAAUCAAGUGACCGUGAGGAUGCUACGUCAGUCAUAAGUCUGAAAAAUGCUCAUAAGUCACUUUUUUCAGUGCUGUUGUAGCUUUGAAUGGUCACUAAACAAACUGUUGUAAGUUGAGGACUGACUGUAUAUAGUAAUGGAAUGGGGGUAGGGGGAGAAACAUGCAGAUUUUGAUUGUCCCAGCUAUGUGUAGAAGAAGAUAGGAUGGAAUCACUCUUAAGAUUCUGCUGAAUUUCUGUCUGCAUUUGAACUCCCAACUCAGUCUAAGGAGGGACUCUCUGUCUGCCUUUAAUUCAGGCCCUGUACAUCCUCAUUCAUCUCCAGUGACAUCACUAUCCUGUCAUUGUCUUCUCUUUGCUAUCUGCUAUAGAGCAGGCAGAGCUUCUUCCUGGGCUGAACUUCUUCCUUCCCAACUUGGGAGUCCUGCCAAAAUCACGCAGAACUGCCAAGGCAUAUUUCUGAUCCAGACAGUCUGGCCUUAAAGCAGACACCAAAUCAGUGAACUUCUGCCUUUUUAAGCAAGCUGCCUUUGGUUUGCACUGGGGGCUGAUGCUCCCUGAUAGUGAGAUCUAUGUAUCUCAGAAGAGAUUUUCAAGAAUACUAAGAUUCUCUGCGUUGAGAUACAUUUAGAGUCAGGGAACAAUUUAUUCAAGAAAGAUCUUUCUUUCUCUGCUUUGCUGAGGUUCCUUUGGUUUCCACCCAGUAACUGUUUGCAUCUGACUGUACUGUAUUUUUGAAACAAAACGUUAAUACCAUGCAUCUUUUCCUUCCUUCUUUCCUUCCUUCCUUCCUUCCUUCCUUCCUUCCUUCCGUUUUCUUUUUCUUUCUUCUUCCUUCUCCCCCUCUCUCUCUCCCUCCCUCUCCCUCUCUCUCUUUUCUUUCUUAAAAUAACAAUAAUUUCUUGAAGAUUUUAGAAUAUAUUUGUUCCCAUCUUACUGGGAAAGUACCAUUUGAAGCAGAAGAUGUUAACGUUCUCUGAUGAAUAUAUGCACUCUAGGGAAGGUGAUGACCCUGUCUUUUCAAGCAUCACGCUGUGCUUCUGCUGGCCUGUAAUGCUAUUUUCCAGUUUUCUGCUUGAUCAGUUCAACAUCAAGAAUUAGAUACAUGUCCUAUUAAUUGAUAGCGGAGGGUGGGACUGAAAUGGAUUUCAUUCUGCUAUCUUUAGCAACAGCAGUGGUGGGCUGCAAGCGCGCGCAGGCCUGACAUGCUUGCGUGCAGCGUUCAAAAUAGCGCAAUUUGAAGCUCAGCUGCUUACCUUCUAAGGCAGCCCCGGUAAGUAGAACAGCGGAGAUGCGAAAAUCAGCUGUGCCGCGCGAAUCAGCUGAGCCAGAAAGAAGGAAAUAUAGGACAGGAUAGGGCGGGGCCAGGGUCAGCUGAUCGUUGGAACUGCCGGUUCGCCUGAACUGGUCUGAACCAGCAGCAGCCCACCACUGGUUAACAGGUUCCUCAGAAAGAAUAUAUUGGCUUUUGCAUUCAAAAUGUGAAUUAUGAACUAGCAAGUGGUAGGAAUCUGGACCAUAAAAGAACCAGAUUGGAGUUUGUUAUUUCCUCUAUUUAAAAAUAUUGCUGCAGUUAAUAUAUCGGGAUUGUAAAGUGGAUUUCCCAAAACCUAGCUUUGAUGUGCUAGCUUAUUAUGUACAAAGUUUCUUUACAUGGAAGGGAAAGAAGAUUCAGUUUAUCCCGAAGGUGCUUUUCCAAAGGCAACUGGACUUUCUUGGGGCUUUUCUUUUUUCCUUGAAAACAUUUCGCUUCUCAUCUAAGAAGCAACUUCAAUUCAGAACGAAGAAGCGAAACUUUUUCAAGGAAAAAUAACUUAAGAAAAUCCAGUUGCUUUUUGCAAAAGCAUCUUUGGGACAACCAUGACCUGGAUGGUUAUGAAUCUCCAUAAAACAUCAAGCUUCAGCUUAUUUUUCACAAUGCUCAGCAUAUAUUUUCAAGGCUGCUGGGCAACUUCUCGACAGAAAGUUGAAAGCAAAUGGAAGGCAGCAGCGCUCUGUUACAAAUUUAAUUUCGAAUGUUUGUGCUGAAAAUCAUGAAGUAUCUGGGCAACUAGCAAGGUGCAAGUUAUAGAAUAUUUGGGAAAUGGGAAUAUCAUGACAUUGCUUGGAUGUUUCCUUUGGGACUGAUAUUGUGCAAAAGAAGCACUGGAAAUUCAAGAAGGGUGGGUCAAAGGCAACAGCGAUGCUGUUUCUGAAAAUAGCAACUUUUAAACAAUCAUGUAUAUUUAACGGAGAGUCUUCAGCUCUUGACUGUUUGACCCGAGAGCAAAGAAUGAAGCUUAGUUCCCUUGUGCGAAGCCAAGCGGUGAUGUUUCCACAUAGGGCCUGCCUUUAAGAAAAGGACCUGACCCUUGGCCAACUUUCUUUUUUUUUUAAUUAUUGUUUUAUCGUAAACAGUAAAAUACAAAACAGAAAAACAAACACAAAACAAAAGCACACGUUCAACCCUAAGAACAACAAAAGGAAAAAAGAGUGUGCCAAAAAAAGAGGAAAAAGUGAUCAAAUUAAUUUAACAUUUAAUAUACAGUAUAUACAGGGAGGAAAAUGUACUGCUUUUUCCUUUUUUUCAUAUAUAUAUAUGAAGAAAGAAGAAAAAGUAGUCAACAGAUUAAGCUAAACAUUACACUAAUUCUCAGAUCCCUCGGUUAACCAUCUGUUAUUAUAUUUAGCAUGUAGAAAGGGGUUUCCAGUCUCUUAUAAAGCUGUCCAGUCCAUUAGCUUCAUUUUAUCAUAUGUGGUGGUCUUGCAAAUAUAUACGGUUGCUGUGAUUAUCUUUCUUCCCUCUGUUCGUAACUAUCGUCUUUUGGAAUAUGUCUGACACUUUGUCCGGACAGUUCCUGAAGGCUGUCUCAGAAAAAUGGCUUAUUGUCACGAAUCUAUGCUACAUUAGGUAUAGAAAUGAACAACUUCUCAAGUUUCAGUGCUGCUAAUGUAAUCUGUUGUUAGGUUUUCCCUUUUACAUGAAAAUACAAUAUAUACUAAUCAGUGAGAGCUGCUGCUUUUGAAACACGAUGUAAUACAUUCUUCUGACUACAGAACUGUUUUAACGAUUCGGUUAAAAGAAAAAUGCAUACAAAUCUGUAAAAUGGGAUCUGCAUGGGAUGGUGGAUCCCAAAUUGGUAAGCAGCUGUGACCUUCCUGCAGAAGACAUGGAUCACUGUGGCUUACCAAUUGGGAUCCACCAUGCUUGCAGGUUUUUAUUAGCUUUAAUAGAAAGAAACAGGAUGCGGUGGCUCAGUGGCUGAGAUGCUGAGUUUGUCGAUCGAAAGUUCGGCAGUUCAGCGGUUCCAAUCCCUAGUGCUGCGUAAUGGGAUGAGCUCCCGUUACUUGUCCCAGAUUCUGCCAACCUAGCAGUUCGAAAGCACGUAAAAAAUGCAAGUAGAAAAAUAGGGACCACCUUUGGUGGGAAGGUAACAGCGUUCCGUGCGCCUUUGGCGUUGAGUUAUGCUGGCCACAUGACCACGGAGACGUCUUCGGACAGCGCUGGCUCUUCGGCUUUGAAACGGAGAUGAGCACCGCCCCCUAGAGUCAGGAACAACUAGCACAUAUGUGCGAGGAGAACCUUUACCUUUACUAAUAGAAAGAAAAGUCUUGCCUCAUAUCCAUAUUGAUAGGCUCGCUCGUUAUUGGAUCACACACUCAAGACUAGAGAAAUGGCUCUUGAUUUCCUAAGUAGUUAUUUCUCUUGGGCUCCAACAUUGAAGAAAUGACAGUGGGUUAUAAAUGAUGUCACAAACUCCCUGGAUCCUUUUUUCCCCUACAUCUAGAAAUCUCUGGUGCAUCCCUAAAGAAUUGUCAUAUACUACAAAGGACUAUAUGUUGUCUUCAUUCUCAGGUCACCUGUCAUCUGUUGGGAUGACCCAUCCCAAAGCAAGUUGUUCAGAAUGUACCCAACACUGUCCUCUUGUGGUUGUGUAUCGCAAUGGGAAAAAAACAACCGUAGCAAUUUGCAAUCUCUCUGUAGUGGAUUUUUUUUUUUUUUGAAUUUGCUUAUUUUCAUUGGUCAAAGAGCAGAUAAAAGGGGAACUUAUCAGUAAUAACAUCACUUCACAGAACCCAGUCUUUUCAUGACUAAAGCCCGGAUAGUCAAAAUACCAACUUCUAUAUUCCAAAAAUCAGCCUGGGAUAUUAGAAAGAUCUUUAGCAAGCCUAAAUAAUAUUGGAAUCUGGGCAACACUGCAUGUACAGUCUCACAAAUGGUGAUUCUACGCAUAUCUAUCAUUCACCUAAAGAAGAGCAAAUAGAACAUUUCAGUUAAAUUCCCAGUUUAAAAAGUACAUGCCUGCAUGAAUCAAUCAAUCCCAUUUUAAGAACACAAGUAAGGGAAUUAUAUCACACUAAGAUUGGAUUUACUCAUCAGACUAACAUGAGGUUCAUGAUUGGGGUGGCGCACAAAUACAAAUGUGAAAUUGUGAUUUGCUUUUGAAUUAGUGUGUUGUGAAAAACCCAGCCACCUGUGUUCUUAUUGCACAAAUCAUGAUUUAAUAAACCCUGGUUUAGAAUAAUGUAUACACCAGUUCAACGUGUACUUUGGUAUCGGUCUCCAAAUAAAGGCAAACGUUGCUUUCUAAGUCUUGUUGAUCCAAAUCCAUAGGCUUCUUAAUGGGAAGAUGCAAAAGAUGGAUCUACACUUCCAACCAUGAGCAAAUCAAUAGAGGAUGUGCUGAGUUUUAGAAUUUGGAAAGAGUGCUGGGAACCCUUUAACACAAUCUAGUCCUCAUAACAUUGGGUCUCAGAACUCCCAGAGGAAGAAAAAAAAUGAAUAUCUGAGUUGAAGCAAAAUCAGAAUCUCCUUAGAUGAAACAUCUGGGACUUUAAGCUUGGCUGUGAUGACUGUACCAAUUUGUUAGGUUUUUUCACACGCCCCGCCUUCAAUAAAGCAAUCAAAUCCAGACUGAAAAAACCCCAGUGAACCAUGAAAGAUGCAGAAAACUCUUCACUCUUAAUCUCCAUAAUUUUGCAGUGCAAGAUUGGAUGGCCCAUUCUAAAACCGUCUACCGUAUUUUUCGGAGUAUAAGAUGCACUUUUUCCCCCCCUAAAAGAGAGUGGAAAUGUUGGUGCGUCUUAUACACCGAAUACAGCCAUUUUUGGCCUCCUGAAGCCCUGCCCCGCUCGUCCCAUUUUUGUGAAAAAGGGGCCUUUUUUCACAAAAACGGGGUGCACAGAGGAUUUGGGAGGCCUGCAGAGUGCUCCUGGGGGGGCAAAAGCUUUUUUUUCUCUUACUUACCUCUUCGAAAUCUUGGUGCGUCUUAUACACCGGUGUGUCUUAUAGUCCGAAAAAUAUGGUAAUAUCUUUCCACAAUUCAAAUUCUGUACUGACUGCCAUCAUCCUUCCUGGCUGGGUCUGUAUCAUACUUACCUUAGCUGCAUUUUAAAACACUUGUCUGACUUAGCUAUUCUUUUCAAAAAGAUAUGUAGCAUUUAUGGUAAUGUAUGUAAAAUAAAGUUACAUGUUAAGAUUGAGAUGUAUAUAGUUUCCCUUCAGUGAAGGAUUGUUAGCACUGUACUGAGCCUCAUUUGAAAGAUAUUUAUUUGUGUACAGUAACUGUUUGGGUAAGUGAGAGCGAAGGGGUGGUUAUUACAAAAGGCUUGCCAUCUCUUGAAACUUUCCCAACUGCAUUUUGUUUGAAGGGGAAAGGAAGAUGAGAAGUUUCACUCCCUUCUCCUAAUGGUGUAGUUGUAUAACUAAUGUAUCAGCACAAUUUGACGCGCAAAACUAAAAACCUCGUUCGAGUCAAGAUGGCAAAAAAUUGAUUUCUAAUUGUAUUUAAUUUUCUUUUAUAAAUAACAAAAAUCCACCUUACUUCCCCUUUCUUUUCCUUUUCUUUAAUCUUUAGAAACAGAUAGCUGGAUUGUAAUACUAGCCUUUAGCUGUAAAUAAAAUACUUCCUCAAUUAAAACCUUC